UCAACACACAAGUAGUUCCACAACUGUAGAUUGUCGUCAUUUUUAUUGCAAUUGUGGCUUAUAGCCUUUGAUAGGCUUUAGCUGAAGUUCAUUCGCUUUUAAACUGUGUUCCAGCUAGCAAGUAAGAAUUUCUUACGUAAACAUUUAAUGGUAUUAAGAGAAAUGAAAGCAGGCUUGAUAAUAUUAAUAACCAUCACCUUAACGUGGGCUCUACCCGCCAGGAAUGAUGAAAUCGAAGAAGAGGCAUCUGCUGCUGACGCAAUAAACUACGCCAGUGAAGCUUCACAAAUAAUUGCACUAAAUUUGUUAAAAUCUUAUAACGAUAUCGAUGGUAAUCAGGUACAUUCACCGCUUGGCAUAACUACGAUGUUGGCAAUAUUAGCCGAAGCUGCUCAAGGUGAUACCUAUGAAGAAUUUUCCAAAGUCUUAUACUAUCCCAAAGAUCGUUUGGCUUUAAGGGAAAAUUUUAAAAAUAUUUUGGGCAAUUAUCAGGGCCGUGUUUACGGUAUGGAGCCUUCGUUUCAAACCUGGUUAUAUAUCUAUCGCAAUUUUACCGCUCAUAAUGAUUUCAAGCAGCUAAUGCAAAACUAUUAUUAUGUGGACGUUAAAGAUAUCAAUCAUAAUGAUUACGGUUGGUUUGACUCUACUUCGUCAUUAGACUUUGAAAGCUUUCCCAGCACUACCACGAGUAAUAGCAAAGAUGUUAUUGGUUUUGAAACAUUGAAGCGUUUAAAAUACGACGACAGUAUAGUAAAUGUUAAUGAUGUACAACAACGCGAUUAUCCGAAAGAAGAGAAAACUAUAACAACAGCAAAUUCUAUUACCGAUAGUUACGGUGACGAAAUUAUAGAAAAAGAAACUUCCAAAUUUGAUCGUUACAUCGAUGAUCAACAGUAUGUGGAAAAACCACAAAUCAUUAAAGAACAACAUGUACCGGUUGCAGCAACGGAUGAUAUAAACAAAAAACCAGAAAGCAAUGAAAAAUUAGAAGAUGUAGAUGAAAAACCUGUUGUUGAUGAUGCCGUCUCCGUACAAGAUGCGGUUAAGAGUUCAAUUGGAGAUCAAAGCAAGCGUGAGGAUGACUUAAAUUUGGAAGAAAAUGAAACAGUGCAGGAACAAGAAAAAAUCUUUAAAAAUCUUAAUAGCAACAAAAAUGCUGAACAAAUAGGCGAAGAGCUGUUGGUGCCAAUAAAAGAUGUUUUAGAUUCAAAUGAACCGGAAAAGGUGUCGUUGCCCUUGGAAAAACUUGCAGCUGUAUUAGAUGAGGCUUCGAAAUCGUCUGCAAGCGAUACAGCAACUUCUCUAGAAACACAUGUAUGCACCGCAAGAAAUGUGCUUAGUGGUCGGAGUCUAUUCCAAAAUGAUGACAUAACCUCAGCUUUGAGUGCUAAUGCGAUAACAGGUCGUGAAACGGGAUCCAAGACUAAAAUGUUACUCUUCAAUGGUUUGUAUUAUCGCGGCAGAUGGUCUACACCGUUCAUACAUGAGAGUGAAAAUGAUGAAUUCUUUUAUAUGACCGCCGAGGAUGCUACAAAAGUGACUAUGAUGCAUGCCAAAGGUAAAUUUCAUAUGGCCGAAGUAGAGCAUUUGAAUGCCAAAAUUCUCUGCCUUCCUUAUCAGAAUAAAAAAUACACAAUGAUGAUUAUAUUGCCGAAUGAACUUGAAGGCUUACAUGAUCUUGUAAAGCAAAUAACGCCAAAUGAUUUCAAAGAAAUGAAAUCACGUAUGAAGGAACAUAAUCUACAUGUAGUUUUGCCAAAAUUCCAGUUCGAAGAGACCUCACGCUCCGAAUCGAUGCUGAAAAGCUUGGGUUUAACGAAAAUCUUUUCACGUCACGAAGCUGAUCUCAGUUUACUAUCAGACGACGGGGAUAUACAUGUGGACGAGAUUGUACAAUUCGUUAAUAUACGAGUCGAUGAGGCUGGCAAUAGUCAAGCUGCCAUUUCGGCAACCGAUACUCAAGGUAGAAACGGAAACGUUGAACAUUAUGAGCUGAUAGCUAUCGAUCAUCCAUUUUUGUAUUUUAUUAUGGAUUGCGAAAGUAAUUUUAUUUUGGUAUCAGGCAAAGUUUAUGCGCCUGAAUUGCAAACGGAAUUACCCGUAUCGAUAGAAGUUGAAUUCCAACAAGCGUAGAACGUGUAAGGAAUGAGAAGAGAACAUAAUAUAAAAGACUUAUCGGUAAUGCUUAACAUCAUAUC